AUCGCAGGUGUAAGGUCUGUCCAAACUCUCCCACUCUCUAACGGAAAAUACUUUUCAUCUCUCUUCCCCUCUCCCUUAUAUAAUAAUCCAUUUAGCUAAUUCAAAGGAUCUCCAAGCUCUCUAGCUUCGCUCCUCCCUUAUCUAUUGAUCUCUCCUGCCGUACCUUAGUUAUAAUUGUCUCGGUUAUUAUUGCCUUGCCCCCGCGCUGGGCAUCGUCGACGUCGUCGUCUUCUUCUUCUUCUUCGCUCUCUACAAAUCUAGAUAGUAUUUGUCGAUCUAUUCGAUCACGAAGGGAGAACAUCAGGCAUCCAUGGUCGUUGUAGAAUUAGCUCUAGAUAUAGGUUGUUAGGCAGCUUUAAUUCCAAUUUAUUAAUUUGUUCUUUUUGUGUUUAUUUAUAAAAAAAAACACUUGAAGAUCAUAAACACAUAUAAUUAAGAUGUGCACUAGAGGCCAUUGGAGGCCAGCUGAAGACGAGAAGCUUAGGGAGUUGGUGGAACGAUAUGGACCUCAUAACUGGAACGCAAUAGCAGAAAAGCUCCAAGGAAGAUCAGGAAAAAGCUGUAGGUUGAGAUGGUUCAAUCAGUUGGAUUCAAGAAUCAAUAGGAACCCUUUUACAGAAGAGGAAGAAGAGCGUCUCCUAGCUUCUCACCGCAUCCAUGGAAAUAGAUGGGCUGUUAUUGCAAGGCUUUUCCCUGGACGUACCGAUAACGCAGUCAAGAACCAUUGGCAUGUCAUCAUGGCACGCAGGUGCAGAGAAAGAUCUAGGCUUAAUCACGCCAAAUUAAUAAGGAAUACGUCUAGUGUUACUGCUGCUACUACGGCUCAAACCCCGUUCAUGAGUAUCAAUACUAACAAUAAUGAACCAAAAUCCUCUUCAAAACAAGACCAUCCCCUGCAGAUCAAUUGCAAUAUCGGCACGUGGAACCUUGAUUCAUAUAAUUAUAUUGGGAAAUAUUACUCAUGCAACGACAGAAAUCAUCAUCAGUAUCGGCCAGCUUUCACUCAUGACCCUCAUCCUCUCUUUCCAAAGGAGUUCUAUCCCAAUACCUGCAGUGUCACAAUGCACCAAGAUAACGCAAGAAAGGAUGAGGAGGAGGUGGAUCAGGAAGGUACGGGACAACAGAACAUAAGCAACGUAGCCGGUCUUCCUUUUAUCGAUUUCUUAUCUGUUAAUAAUGGAACUUCUUCAUAAUAUUGGUGUCUUGAUGAAGAUGAUCAAUGACAUCUCAGCAGUGUAAAACUAUCGCUAAUGACAUACAAACGGCACAACUUACCAGUUAGAUGCUUGUUACUGCAUCAAUCCACAGAAAAUCAUAUUUAAUGAGAUACUGAUCGAUGAUCCGUAUAUCAUAUUGUAGCUUGCUAGCUAGGCAUGUAUUGUAGAAAGGAAGAUGAUGUAAUGCAAGUGUUAAUGUAAAAUUAUAUUCUGAAGUAGAGAAGGUGAGCGCGUUUACCAUGGUCAUGGCUUUAAUUUGCAUGCAUGAUUCAUCUGACAUUAUGUAAGUGGAUAUUUAGUUUGAUUAUUUGGUUGAAAUUGAAAUCCAUAAAUGGAACGGUGGAAUGCGAGCAUAGAAUUCACAAGCA